ACGGAACGGUCACACGUAAUCCCGGCUAUGACCACUGAUUCACAGCCGCUGGAGAUUCAACAUGAUUGUACAUAUCUGGUACACAUGCAUUCGAAGCCGUAUCCCUACGGCGAUCCAGCUUUUGCAACUACUAUGAAGUAUACCGUACCAACAUGCAUUGAUGGUUACUGUAGCUGCGCUAGUCAAGCUGUUGUGCCAGUACCGGAAAAUGUGACAGUGGCGACAUCCCAAGAGAGCGGCGCAGUGAAAGCCUUUGUCAGCUGGUUCUAUCCGAGCGUCAUUGGCCACAAACACCAGUUUCGAUUUGAUCUCAGCGAAAGAUUUCAUCACAAUCAAAUGCAUUUUGGCGACCCGACCGCAUUCAGAUAUCGCAUCGCCGAGAUGCCUCCUCACGUCGUCUACGCUGAAGAGAAUGUGACGUCGCUUUCAACGAUACUGCCUAUUGAUCUGUCGCCUAAUGAGGAAUAUAGGCUAACGAUCUUUGCUAUGAAUGACCAGUUGUGUCACAGUGAUGAUGUCACCGUACCUUUUUUUACGGAGCCUGCCACAAGCCAGGAAACCAUUUUGAAACCAACUGGUAUCAGCAAUGAUACAGAGAGCAGCCACCACAAGGAAGUGCAGCAUAAUGCCACCGGAACGGUUGCUCCAGAUGACGGCCCGACGAUUCGUGAGCCUGCAGCAGGAGGCUCGUUAUACCCUCCAGUAGCGGUGCUGACAACCACGUUUGCACUUGUCACAGCGGUUGCAUUGGCGUGUUGCUUGGCGUACUGCUUAGUGUGCAAAUUUUACAAAAAUGGUAAAUCGCAGAUUGAGAAGUCGUCGAUCAUUCCGUGGGCCAUGGCGCAUUCCAGGUAA